GUAGCGGCGGUGCUAAGUUAUAGAGCUGAUUUGAUCGCUGAUUAUGAACAAUUAGAAAAACCACUUCGUAGUUCAAGAGAGAAUCCGAGAUACAUUUAUUAUGUUGGAAGUGCUGAAUAUCAAGAGGAAUGGUUAGAUAAAGCUGAAAAAUAUAGGAAAACUCAUAAAUCAUUACUUGUUGAAGAUAUUAAUAGCCAAGUCUUAAAAUGCACUAAUGAUUU